AUGCUGGGACCACGACCUCUGCGCACUGAUCGUGGCUGGCAGACGCUAAACACGCGGUCCAAACAAACAAAUAAGAAACACACACUCUCUCUCCCUCUGUUCCCCAUCCUCCUGCCCGUUGCACCAACUCACAGGCAGGUAGGGUGAGUCCGCUCAAUCUCACAGCCUGCAAUGUUUGUUCCCUUUUGAAGAAAUCCCUAGAGCAAUCGACCGGUAAGGAGGACGGCGCUAAAGCCCCGGAUUUGGCGCGCUGCAAGGUGAACAUCGCCGCACCCAGCGAGACCCGCUUGGCCGAACAAGGCCAACUGGAGGAGGAUGUUUACGGUCCCACAGCCAAAGGCACCGCUCCUCUUCUCACCCUACUCACUGAGAAGACGCAACUUCCGCAACGAGGGGUCGAACACUCCUCAGGCGUCCUCAGCCAUCCCUCCACCAUCACCGACGCCGCUAUCGCCCGUCUGUCUCAAGUCAAGACUAACGUCAACCUCGACCUCCCUCCCUCCCCCACUAAAUCAUGA